AUGCAUCCAUUUGAUAAUCCUGGGGCAACCUUAGUUCCUGCUCCUUUUGAUGGCUUUGGUUAUCGAUCAUGGAGAAGAAGUGUGAUGCGAGCAUUGUCUGUGAAUAAUAAAUUGGGAUUUAUUAACGGAGACUGUAAAAGACCAGAUCUAGAUUCUCCAAACUUUCGCUUAUGGGAGAGGUGUGAUGACAUGGUCACAUCAUGGAUCUUAAACUUUUUGACUAAAGAGAUUGCAGAUAGUGUUGAAUACGUAACUGAUGCAUUUGAAUUGUGGAGAAAACUUGAGGAUCGAUAUGAUCAAACAAAUGGAACAAAGUUGUAUCAAAUUCAGAAGGAGAUCAAUGAUAUGUCUCAAGGAUCACUUGAUAUUACCAGUUACUAUACGAAAAUGAAGAAACUAUGGGAGGAGCUCAAUACUUUGAUUGCUAAAUCUCAUUGUACCUGCAACUGUUCGUGUGGGGCUAAAGAAAGUAUGCAUAAAGCAGAGCAGGAUAGGAGGCUCAUACAAUUCUUUAUGGGAUUAAAUGAGACAUAUACUGUUGUUCGAGGGAGCAUAUUGAUGAUGAAUCCUCUUCCCUCAAUUGCCCAAGCCUUUUCUUUGUUAAUCCAAGAAGAAAGGCAGAGGGAAAUCAAGCCCACUGGCCAUCUGGUACUGGAAUCAUCAGUUUUGAAUGCCAACACAACCAGACCUAACACAUUCAGGACAAAUUACUCUCCCAACAACAAUCACAACAACAGAAACAGACCUUUUUGUGACUACUACAAGAGGCCAGGACACAUUAAAGAGAAAUGCUACAAGCUUCAUGGAUAUCCACAGAAUUUUGGUCACAAUCAGAAUCCAAACAUAGGACAAAACAGUUUCAGUCAAAACACAAGGCAAGGUUCCAACUAUAACUACAGCUAUAACUCAAACAACAAUAGUGCCAACAGAUUCAACAGAGGCAACAGGACCCUAGCCAAUGCACAUGUGGCAGCCACUGAAUCUCAACUUGAAGAGAAUGAUAAAUAUGUUAGUCAUGACAAUCAUCAGAAAGUGAGCCUUACCAAGGAAGAGUACAACCAGUUGGUGACCCUGCUACAACAAUUUCAGUCAUCUGGGAUAGGAGAUUAUGGAGGUGGUACCAAUGCUACUUCAGGAACAGUAAACUUUGCAGUCCCCUUCAAUGAAGAGGCCUCUGGUGAUUGGUAA